AUGCAUCUCCAACCCAUUCGCCUAUCGGCGGGUGAUGACAGUCUGCAAACAACCUACUCCUCCAGCUUUGGGGUUAAAGACGAGCUCAAGUUACUCAGCGGCACGACACGUGUAACUUUCCCUGCCUUGGCGCAUGACAAGGGGGCGCUCAAUGGAACUCCUAGCAGUGUGCUGGCGGCAACCGGUCGUGAGAGGUCGCCGUUUGGUAGUCGUGGAGACCCAUUUGCUUCCAGCAUCGAUGUGCUGAAUGAAACUUCCUUCACGGAUAGAGAGACGGAGAUGUCACACUUGGAAAUUGGCCUCGGCUCGACAUCCCGCCCCUCGGAAACCGAUGAUAUGGAGGGACACGAUGCGAAGGCGAUGCAGGAAGUCCUUCUAGGCGCAUUUCCUGAAUCGUUGAAGCACAUCACGACCGAUGAAGCGUCCGUGGAGGCACUCACUUCCGAUAACGCGGAGGGGGCAACUGACAGUGGGUACCAUCGACAGUUUACAGAAUUUGUUCUCCGUGAGGUGCAUAGUUUAUUGCUGUCAGUGGCCUCCGCCAACGAGGUGCGGCUGCGAUACUUGCUGCGACAGAAUGUACUGGAUAUGGAGGGAGCCAACACGAAGGCAUUACAAGCGGCUAUAGCGGAGGAAAGUGCACGGAGCCUCUCUGAGUGGGGUGAUGCAUGGUACCAGGCCCCGCAUCCUACAAGUGAAGUGCUGGUGGCAGUCACUGUGCGUCCCCCGCAGUUUGCAGCAGGAAUGUUGUGGAAUGGUUGCGAUUCCUUCCUUCUUGGUGGCACCGCUUAUUUGCAGGAAGGCCGCGUCCUACAGAUCCGGCUGCCGUGCUCCACGAAAUCCAUGGAAAGUGCCACGACAUCGCCAUCUACUGGGGCGAGUCAAGCGAAUUGCGAUGCCGGUAGCAGAGGUGGUGAUGGGGGUAAUGGACAAAAGUGUGCGGUGCGCCUUCUACUUAGAGAGUUUAUCUCCGUCUCUAAGGUAGGAAUGGGGUCUAUGAUGCAAACCUUUUCGCUCAUCCCUGAGCAUGUGUCCGUGAAGGUUACACGAAAUCAGACGUUGCAGUAUGGUCUUAUUCAAACAGUUUUGGAUCAGUGUGCCCCAGGGGCGGUGUCGCGUGCCUUUUCUCUUCAAAUGCUCCUGCCAACAAACUUGCGGUGUGGAAUCAAAUUACCCUUACUUGAGGUGGCGAAGGAACCCUGUGCUGCAAGCAACCGCACUGCAGAGGGGGCCCCAACUGGUGAUGGGGAACUGCAGAGUAAAGAAAUUGAGGAGGGGCACUCGCUUUCAAUGACUCAGAGGCCGUCCUUCAUCACAGAUAAAUUAGGCCCUAUUUCCGCAAAGGUGUUUAAGCGCCAACCGUUGGGAAAUGAGGCAUACCUGGUGUACACGAACCCUAAGCUCUACGCGUUGGUCAUGAAGCACUCUCCGGCCGUCCUGACAGCUAAUACAAAUGCUAUUCGUGAAUAUCUGAAGUAUAGCCAACGUCUGCGGUUUCAACGACUAGUGAGGCAAUUGCUUACUGCUGUUUACACUAUACAACGUUUUUUUCGUCACUGUAUCGCGAAGAAGCGACGUGCGGUGAGCUGCAUGCUGAAGCGCUGGGGGCAGCUAGAGCUGGAUAGCAGGGAACAGUUGAAGAAGUACACGCUUGCUCCUGCCACAGUCGAUCGCAUUGGCUUCAUUGUUGGCUCCGUGCUCUGGCAGCACAUUGUAACCACGAGGGAGUACAAGAUGGCCAUGUUAGAGGAGCAAUUUUCGCUGCGACGGGCGGCGUAUCGACGGUGGUGUGCGCAGCGCCUGGAGGAGGACCUGGCGAAGUACAAAACUGCCCGAAGAACGAGCUUGUCUGCGAGCCUUAUGACGGACUUGGGGGCCACAGAGAAGGCAAGCAGUACCGCUUGUUCCGAGCUCGCGGGGGCGUCCGCGGUGCAGGGAGGGAAGGUGAUCGAUGUCACCCUGGGGAGGUCACACCAUCGAUGGAUUUCUAACUGGGAGUGCGUUCUGCACGCGCGCUUUGGGUGGUACAUCGAUCCUGAGGAGUUGCUGCAGGAGAGUCACCGCCGUUUGUUGAUUUCUCUGCGGAACUCCAUCCUGACAAUGGCUGACGUGCAGGAGGAAAUGAAGAAAAAGGCCAAGAUAGCGCUCGUCCCGCUUUGA